AUAUUGAUGCUUUCUGGUAUUGGACCGAAAGAAAAUCUUGAAGCGAAUAAUAUAAAAGUACGUAAAGAACUGCCCGUUGGAAGAAAUUUGUUGGAUCACCCAAGUGUUUAUUUUUUCGCAAAAUCAAAUCCAGAUGUAAUUCACCAUUGGAGUAGUGGAUCUGAAGUUGGUAUAUUGCAUAAAGCCAACGUUGAAGGAAAGAUUCCUAGCAAAGAAGACUUUUUUGACGAGAAUCCUGAUAUUGAGAUAAUUGCGAUGCCAUUCCGUCCCGGUUCCAUAAGAGGACUUAAUACCAGCGGGAUUGUUGUAUUACCUGUUCUUAAUGUCCCAUCAAGUGUUGGUUAUCUGGAACUUAAUAGUAACGAUCCAUUCAAUCAACCAAGAAUAUAUUUAAACUAUUUCGAAAAAUCCGAUGAUUUAUAUAGAAUGAUUAGUUCACUUAAGUUAUGCCGUGAAUUACUUAAGCAGCCACCAUUGAGUACUGUUUAUAAUGUUAAGGAAAUUGGGAUAAAUGAUGAAUUUGGACAAUGGAGCACCAACGUGGAUGAUAUUAGUGAUGAAGAUUGGGAAAAGUUUGUUGUGGAAAAG